AUGAUAAUGAUAUCGAGGAAGUUAGGAAAUAUACUACUACUGAAACGAUUCAACUCAAUUGUUAACCAAAAUGUCAAUAUUACUGCUAAAAGAAAUUUCAUAUUCACAACUUUAGCAACCUCAUUAUUUGGUUCAAUACUAUGGUCAAAAAAUAACGUAUUAGCAUCCAAGAUGGAGAAUGGGGAAUUACAUUAUAAUGACCCAAAUAAAAGCAUGCAUUUAACAACAAAAGACAAACCUCUCUUUGAAAGAUCUAAACCAGAUUAUCCGGGUCACAUACCAUUAAACAAUUUGGAAAAAGCUAUGAUGUUUGUAGGUUCAUCAAUUGGUUCAUUUUAUCAUCCAGAAAGAAAUGAAUUCAUAGUUGCAUUAGGAGAAUCAAGUGCCAUUGAACCAGUACUCAAGAGUCUACAAAAAACAAUGUUAAGUGAUCCAAUAGGUAGACAAAUUUUAAGAGAAAGACCAAGAAUAACAUCAACUUCAUUAGAUUUAGAUUACCUUAGUUCAUUACCUGAUAAUACAAUUGGAAAAAACUAUAUGAUAUGGUUAGAUAAAGAAGGGGUGAGUCCAGAUACAAGAGUUGAAGUUAAAUAUAUAGAUAAUGAAGAAUUAGCAUAUAUUUUCCAAAGAUAUAGAGAAUGUCACGAUUUUUAUCAUGCAAUAACUGGAUUACCAAUAAUAAUAGAAGGUGAAAUAUCAGUUAAAAUAUUAGAAUUUUUAAAUAUUGGUAUACCAAUGAGUGGAUUAGGUUCAUUAUUUGCUCCAUUAAGAUUAAAAAAAUCUCAAAGAAAAAGAUUAAGAGAAAUAUAUUAUCCAUGGGCUUUUAAAAAUGGUUUAUAUUCUAAACCUUUGAUAAAUGUUUAUUGGGAAAAAAUAUUAGAAAAAGAUAUUAAUGAAUUUAGAAAAGAAAUUGGAAUUGAAUCACCACCUGAUUUAAGAGGAAUGAGAAAAGAUUAUUUUAGUGAAAAAAGAAAAGAAAAAGAAUUGAAAUUAAAGAAAAGUGAAACAAUAUAA